AUGGCCUCUUUCAAUUGCUUUACAUUGGCUUUCUUCAUGGCAUUGUCAUUUUCAAGCAUCAACGUUGGCCUAGCGGCUCGUCACCUCCUUCAGCUGCCCAAUCUGCCACAGCCGACGAUCCCCACAUUGCCCACAACGCAACCAUCUUUGCCAUUUCCUAGGAUGCCGUUUCCCACUACCCUUCCAACUUUGCCUAUUACAUUACCGCCAUUGCCGAACAUGCCUUCAAUCCCAACUAUGAUCCCAUCUAUCCCAUUCUUCUCUCCACCACCUUCUAAAACUAGCCCUUGA